AAAGUUUUUGUUCGAUGCCAAGAAACUAUUGUCAAAUGUUCAAUUACUAUCUUAGAACUAAACAAAUUCCAUAAUAAUAAUAGAUCAUUGUUAAUUGUUUUUGAAGUUGAAAUUUUUACCUGUAUUAGUUAUAGUUUUGCAUUAUUAACUUGUAUUUACCAUAUUGCCCGCUGUGUAUUUUCAACAUUUUAGAAUAGUAGCCCGGGCGAGCAAACUUAGGUCGACAUUUUGUUUCUUUUAGUAGUAUUUCAAAUCAAGUAAAAAACUAAAAUAUGAGCGAAAAGUUUGAGCCCAACGGUGAUUAUUAUGCAGAAAAUUUUAAAAGAAAGUCUGGCGCAGAGCCCGGUACAAAUGGUACCGAAGAUAAUGCGGAAACCGAAGAGAAUAUAGUAAUUCAAAAAGCAAGUGAAUAUGUUAGAGAAUUGUUAGCUGAGAAGUUAUUGAUUGAUCAAAACAAAUUACCUAAUGCCGCUCGGUUGUUGGAACAAGAGGUAGCUAAAACUCAAUCUCUAGGAAGAGCUCCUGUGAAAGAAAAUAAAUAUGUUGACAUUUAUAGAGAGAAGCCCAUCAAAGUUACUGUCAAAGUCUUAGUACCUGUUAGAGAACAUCCAAAGUUUAAUUUUGUCGGUAAACUUUUGGGACCAAAAGGUAAUUCUAUGAAGCGGCUUCAAGACGAAACAAUGUGCAAAAUGGCUGUAUUAGGAAAAGGAUCAAUGAAAGAUAGAGCUAAAGAAGAGGAAUUAAGAAAUUCUUUGGAUCCUAAAUACAGCCAUUUAUCAGAUGACCUCCAUGUUGAAAUUUCGGCUCUUGGCCCCCCAGCAGAGGCUCAUGCAAGAGUUGCAUUUGCAUUGGCAGAAGUGAGAAAAUAUCUUAUACCCGAUAAUAAUGAUAAUAUAAGACAAGAACAAAUGAGAGAAAUGGAGUUAUUUGGAGAAAGAGGAAAUGCAUUAGAUGAUAGAGAUACCAGACUAAGGAGGUCAGCUCCAAGCAUUCCUAGACCAUCUAUACCUAGACCACUUCCUCCAGCAAUGCGUACAGUUACAAGAGUACCUGUAACUACGCCUAGAGUUAUGCCUGCAAAAACUAAAAUUAUGUCAAUUUUGGAUCGUGCUCGUGUUGCUAUGGAAGAGAGCUAUGGAUAUGAAGAUGAUUAUGGAUCUACUUCGCCAGGUUAUAGUAGUUUUUCUAGCUCAAGAGCACCCUACACUUCAGGAUAUUAUGACGACUAUGAAACUGAUUAUUAUAAAGGCAGCACCUCCGGUUUUGAAACAUCAUCACGACCUUGGAAGACUUCAUCUUAUCCUAAAACAACUCCAAGUACAUCUUCAUCUUCACGUCUGGCCGAAACAUCUCGUUAUAAAGGUUCUCCCUAUUCCAGACCAUUAAAAUAAAGGACCAAAUUUUGAUCAGGGUUCCCAAUUAAAUAAAAAAAGACAAUUUUUUACUUCGAUAAUAAUUUUAUUGUAGGGAGAUGUGUGUAAUAUUUUAUGUGCAAGAUAAAUGAUAAUGCUUAGUUAUUUAAAUAAAGUUGAUGUUCGUCUAUUAAACAUAUAAAUUAACAACACUUAAUAUGCUGAUCCAACUUAUAGGCGCUGGUACUUAUAAAUUUCUGCUUAAUUCUGGGUGGCUGUAUGUAGACGCUUGCUUUGUUAUCUAUAGUUUCGAAAUUAUUAAAGAAAA